GUCCCCGUGGCGUUCAACGACGCUUCGUUUAACUUCUCUGAGGAAGAGUGGAAGAGCUUGAAUGAGUGGCAGAAGGAGCUUUACAGGCAUAUCAUGAAAGGCAACUACGAGGCCGUCAUCUCGAUGGAUGCUGCCAUUUCAAAGCCUGACCUCCUGUCGCGGAUCGAGCAAGGAGAGGAUCCCAACGCGGAGGAUCAGGACGACUCUGAGGGAGGAGACACCCCUACAGACCCCAGCACCGAGUUUUCCUUUCCUGGUCCCGAUGACAGCUCGUGGAGUAAAUACGAAGAGACUCUGGCUGAAAGCCACGAGGGCUCUGAAGAAGAGGAAAGCAUGGAGGUCCCUAGUACAUGCUUGCCUCAAAGGUCAGCGCGGGAGCUGAACGGCAGCGGAGGCAGAUGGAUGGCACGCAUGCAGAAGAAGCUGCAGUACAUGGGCAUUACAUAUAGAGAUCUCAUAAUUGUACUGUCUGAGCUUUCCCGAGAAGUCUUUAUCAAUGAUCUGGACGAGCGGAUCGAGCGCACCCUCA